UCAGAUACUAAUUAUUAUUCAAUAAUAUGAUGAGAACAGUUGAAUUUUAUGACCUGAAUAAUAUGAUACCUGAGAUCAAGUUGAGCUCGCCAACUGUCUCGAUGAAAACUCUCGAGCUUAUUAAUGAACUAAACUCGAGUCAAACACGAGCCAAAAUUGUGAUAAACGAGUCGAGCUCGAUUCAUUUAUUAACAAGAUGAACCAGAUUAGAUCAAACUCAACUCAAUUCAUUUGUAGCCAGUGUUUUUAAUUCAACUUUCCUCAUUUGGGUAAACUUUUUGUUAGGUAUUUGUCGCAAAGAAACGAGUGAUUUGGUUUGUCGCAAAAUGAAAGUUUAGGUCGAAUUGUGGGUAAUCGCCCUUAGUUUUGGGUAAAAUUUCACGUUAAUCUUCAAAACACAAACAGGGUUUAUGGGAGAACGAGGACAUCGGGAGUCCUCGUAAGAGUAAAGAUAAAAACCUCAGGUAGGAAUCUGGUCCAGAAUUUAGCUGUUUCGUUCUUUUCACGCUCGAGCCUCGAAGCCGCAACAACUUCACCUCUUCCAUUGACAGGGUUUAGCUUGUAACUCGAUUGUCGAGCACUUCUAGCUUCUCUAGCUUUUCUUCUUUCAUCUUACCGUCGCUGCGGUAAUAAUAAGAUUUGUGUCUCGCCGCCGUCGCUGGUGUUUAUAAUUGGCUAGGCAUCGUGGUGGUCGGCGUUUCAACUCUCGGGAUUCUCGAUAGUAUCUCCUCGAUUUCCUUCCGGUUCUCUGUUUGGACAAUUUCAUUAGGGUUCCUGCAUUAUUAUAGUUCAUCCAUGGCGGCAAUGCCUCUGAAGAGGUUACUCGGAGGCUUUGUACAGAGAACGGCCGCUUUUACUCAACAUGCAGCUGCGAAUCGGGGAAUGGGACUUGGGGGAGCACUCGCCAGACGGUUCUGUUCAUCUUCUGCCACCGGAAAAGCUUCGAAAAUUCCUCACUUGCCCAAAAAGGGAAGGUUACUGACAGGAGCUACUCUAGGGUUGGUUAUAGCAGGUGGAGCUUAUGUGAGUACAGUGGAUGAAGCAACAUUCUGUGGUUGGAUGUUUGAUGCCACGAAGCUUGUAAAUCCGUUCUUCGCUCUUCUUGAUCCCGAGGCUGCUCAUAGACUAGCAGUCACUGCUGCAGCCCGAGGGUGGGUUCCAAGGGAGAAGAGGCAUGAUGCGCCAGUUUUGGAACUGGAAGUUUGGGGAAGGAAGUUUUCGAACCCAGUAGGUCUAGCUGCUGGAUUUGAUAAAAAUGCAGAGGCUGUUGAAGGCUUGCUUGCUUUGGGCUUUGGCUUCAUCGAGGUUGGCUCUGUAACUCCUGUACCUCAAGAAGGCCACCCCAAGCCUCGUAUCUUUAGGCUGCGUCAAGAAGGUGCAAUCAUCAACCGUUGUGGGUUUAAUAGUGAAGGCAUUGUAGCUGUUGCCAAGAGGUUGGGUGCUCAACAUGGGAAGAGGAAGUUGGCUGAAACUUCAAGCACUGCACCUCCUACUAAUGAUGAUGUCAAACAGGGAGGCAAAGCUGGCCCUGGAAUUCUCGGGGUUAACCUUGGAAAGAACAAAGAAAGUGAAGAUGCUGCUUCCGAUUAUGUACAGGGCGUGCAUACAUUAUCACAAUAUGCGGACUACUUGGUUAUAAAUGUUUCUUCACCAAACACUCCUGGACUGCGUACGCUUCAGGGUAGAAAACAGUUGAAGGAUCUUGUUAAAAAGAUUCAAGCUGCUCGUGAUGAAAUGCAAUGGGGUGAAGAGGGUCCACCACCUUUGCUUGUUAAAAUUGCACCAGACUUGUCUAAAGAAGACCUGGAAGACAUUGCAGCGGUUGCUGUUGCUCUCCGCCUAGAUGGAUUGAUCAUCUCAAAUACAACAAUACAAAGGCCUGAUGCUGUGAGGAGCGACCCUUUGGCCGAAGAAACUGGUGGUCUAAGUGGGAAGCCUCUUUUCGAUCUCUCUACCAGUAUCUUGAAGGAGAUGUAUAUGUUGACAAGGGGAAAAAUUCCUCUAAUAGGUUGUGGAGGUAUUAGCAGUGGUGAGGAUGCAUACAAGAAAAUACGAGCAGGAGCAACUCUUGUCCAACUGUAUACUGCAUUCGCUUAUGGAGGUCCUGCAUUAAUUCCUCAAAUAAAGGCUGAACUAGCGGGAUGCUUGGAACGAGAUGGUUUCAAGUCUGUCAUUGAAGCUGUUGGUGCAGAUUACAGAUAGUUGCCACUCAUUUUGUAUAUUGAUAAGUUAACCUUCUCAGAAUAUGCUUGAAGGAAAGUGAUCUCACAGAAAAAAGUCGUUGAGCUUUAGUAAUCAGUCAACAUUUCUGGUUUAGGAGUCAUCUGGUUAGUUUCUAAAGUUCUGUUGUUUGGUGUUCUUGAGAAAAAAGGAACUCAUAUAUGGUUUGUUUAUUCCUUGCUUUACGCUUUGUUUGCAUCUGUUCUCCCCUUGAAUUUGAAGGAGUCCUCAACUGUAAAAUGUGACCAAAGUUUUGACCAAAUGGGAUAUUGCCCAAAGAUAGUUCAUAUGUUGCUUCUAACGUUCGGAUUACAGAUAUCUUUCAAGUUACCUAUUGUUUCAGUUUAUCCAAGACAAGCACAGCCGUACAAAUAUGCAACUUUCUCGCUACAAACGUGGACAAAAAACUACACAGUGACCU